AUCUCAUCUCGCAUGCCUUCAUAUAGUUACUUUUUUUUUUUUUUUUUGGCCGAAAAGCAAAGCACCAUUUGCACAACUUCAUGACCCGUCUCUCAGAUAUUUAAAUUUCUUUCCCAACACCAUCAGCAAUGAGUACGAGCAGUUUACCCGCCGUUAAGCGACAGCAUCUCCUCGCUGAAUUCGCCGGUCUCAAACACGCCUGUCCCCAUGGCAUCUUUGUCAGUCUCACACCAGGCGACCCAACUCUCUGGUCGGGCGUCAUGUUUGUGCGCAAAGGCCCCUACGCCCCCGCCAUCCUGCGCUUCCACAUCUCCUUCCCGGACGCCUACCCGGCGCUCCCGCCGCUCGUCACCUUCUCUACCGACAUGUUCCACCCCCUCAUCACGCCGCUGACCACGUACAUGUACUCGACCGACGUGCAGGACGGCGGCACGGCAAGCGCCAACGACGACGAGCGGCUGCCCCCCGGUGGCUUCAGUCUGAGGCAUGGGUUUCCCGGCUGGUUCGGGCGCGGGAGGAGGGCUGCUGCGGCCGCGGCCAUAGCCGUAGCUGCCAAGGCUGCUUCUAGUAGUGGUGGUGGCGGUGAUGGUGGUGGUGAUUCGACGGGGGGCUCGGGAGCGAAGACGGAGGGCAACCGGGACGCGGUGGCGGUAACGCCCAUGAGGCCCGUGGCUACGGCCACCGGGACCACGCCCGCGUCAGCCGUGUCGGCCGCCGCGUCCUCGGUUUCGGCGCCCGGCAGCUAUGCGCGGACGGGGACGGGCAGCACCAAGGAGGUGUCGACGUACGAGGUGCUGCGGUACAUCCGGAGCACGUUUGACGACGAGGACGUGCUCGACUCGAUCCCGCUCGAGGCCGCGGGGAACCCGGGCGCGUGGCAUGCUUGGCGGACGCACCGGCGGCACGUCGCGGCGAAGGGGCCGUCGGGAGCAGGCGAGAUUCCCGGGCGGGAAGGCGGAGCGCAGGCGGACAAGGGUCCGGCUCCCUCGCCGGUGGCUGCAACAGGCGCUGCUGCUUCUGCUGCUGCUGCGGUGGCGGCGGCGGCGGCGGCGACGAAACGUCCCGACGAGUGGAACUGGGAAGGGGUCUGGGAAGAACGAGUAAAGAGGAAUAUCGCGUCCAGCUUGUCCGAGGGGGUGUUGUAUGGACAUGCCGGGGCGCCGGAUGAAGUGAUUAACUUCCUGAACAUGGACGAAGCCGAGGUCGAAGGGGCGAAGUCCAAUCUGCUCCGGACGCUUGGCGCGGCAGCAUAGUGUUAUUGUGCAAGAGCGGAGUGCCCCAAGCGACUUUCCCUCUCUGUGGCUACAGAACGGGACAGUGAUCGCGAAACUGGCUCGGCAGGCACGCUUUCAGAGAGUGGAACGUGAGAAAUUUAGGAAGGAGGAGGCAAUCCGUAUGCUUCUGCUGUCGACUUUUUGCUCCAUUUACCAACACGCAUCUGCGCAUCUACGCACUCCCAUAUCGCAUCCUUUGUUCACAUGAUUACGGCAGAAGAUACCGCUCGGUAGGACACACAGAGUGCCAUCCCAG